AGCGGAGCGCCCGCAGCUGAGCUCGCGCUGUAAUCUGUGACAGCUGGAAAUGGACAGCAGCGACAGAGGAGCCGCGCAAGAUAUGAAACGUCCAAAGAGCAGCGAGUGGCUGGACAACGGCCCGCUGCCCAAGAGUCAGGCGGGGCAGGAUGAGGAGGAAGAGGAGGACGAGGAAGAGGAGAAGAGGGUGGGAGUUGCCGGUCUCAGGGCGAAACGGGAGCGCCGGCAGGGAAGCGGCAGCGCCACGAUGUGCCAGGUGUGCAACAUCCAGCUGAACUCCAGCGCCCAGGCGCAGAUCCACUACAGAGGGAAGACUCAUCAGAGGAGACUCCGCCGGCUGGCCAAGGCCGUCAGCGCAGGUGCGCUGUCCCAGAGCCAGGUCCAUCCACUGCUGGGCUCGCUGUCCGUGCCGGGCCGGCCCCUCCAGCCGCAGGCCCACGCCCAGCUGGAGCACUUCCUCCCACUCAGGGUCAACGGCUCCUCGCCACUCAGCCUCUUCCCCAAUUUCAACACGAUGGACCCAGUGCAGAAAGCUGUGAUAAACCACACGUUCGGCGUUGCUCCACCUAAAAAGAAGCCCAUCAUCUCCUGUAACAUCUGCCACCUGCGCUUCAACUCCACUACCCAGGCAGAGGCCCACUACAAAGGUCACAAGCACGCUCGCAAGCUGAAAGCCCUGGAGACGCAGAGGAAUCGGCAGAAAAACGGGCCGAGUCAGUCCACAGCGGGGAAAGACAGAGAGAGGGGGAUGAUGGGAGGAGCGGCGGUGCCGACAGAAUCACAGUCAAAAGACAAAACAGGCCCGAGCACCUCAUCCCUACCUGCACAGCAGCAAGCUCAGAACAGCCAAGGGAGCUCGCAGGAAAGCAGCCCCCCCUCCAGAACAUCGUCUGUCGACUCCUCCUCGCUCCAGUCCGCUCACCUGUCCCCGCAAGCCUCCCCCGACUCUCAGCCCGCUGAUGCACCUUCAAACGAUCCGCCUGCAGACGGAUGCGCCCAGACCGCAGGUGCAAACCUGAACUCUGAUCCUCAGGGAGGCUCCGCAGGAGGCGAGGAGGAGGCCGUGCAGGGGGAGGAGCUAAAGGAGGCCAAAAGCAACAAGAAGCAUCUUCACUGUCCGACAUGCAAAGUGACGGUCAACUCCAGCUCCCAACUGGAGGCUCAUUGUAGUGGCUCCAAGCACAAACAGAUGCUGGACGGUCAGAACAGCAGCCAAUCACAGCGCAGGGUCAAGAUGACGUCGUCGCCCAGGCCAGCCUGUCGAAUUAAGCAGCGAAUGGGAAGCAAGCCCCGAGCGGUCGUGGGCGUGACCGGCCAGCCCUUUCACUGUGAACUGUGCCAGGUGUCCGUCAACUCAGAGACGCAGCUGAAGCAGCACAUGAACAGCAGGAGACACAAAGAGCGCCUGGCUGGGAAGCCUGUCAAGGCAAAGUUCUCCCCCUAUAAUAAACUACAGCCCAGUGCCGUCUUAGCGACAAAGCUGGCUUUGCAUAAGCAGCUGUCUAAAGCCCUGCCGGCAGGGUUCCUGACCAGCCCCCUUAAUCCAGCCGCUUUGUGCACCAUGGCGUCCGGGCCCCUGGCGCUCCGACUGCCUCCAGGUCCCACAGCCAUCAUCCAGGGUCCCCUGAUCAGCCCCACGCUCUUCAGGCCCGCUCCUGGACCUCUGAGAGCCACGCACACACCCAUCAUCUUCUCCCCUUACUAACGAAUACCGGCGAGGCUGGAAGGCCCACGGCGGCGAAGACCUGACCUCUGCAAAGCUGGGCUUUGAGUUGGGCCAGCUGAGGACAAAUCACAGCACAGACGAGUGACACCAGGUCGCGACGCAGAGACCGUGAGGGCAGCAUAGCAGCGCGUCGGGGUUUGGCAGGUCAUAAGAAGAUUCAGUUUGCGCAAUCCCCUGGUGUGGAUUGAGAUUUCAGCGCAGACUGACCGCAGCUUCACCUAUUAGAGCUGGAAGGACCAUCGUUCAGCUGUUUCCUCUCAGAGAACUGUUGAGUGCAUGUUCCCCCGGGGUCUGGACCCCUCAGGAAGCCAUAACGACGAGCAUCAUCUCCAUUUAUUUAUAAGUCAAUGAUAAACUAAUACACAUUAGGGUGUUUCAACGUUGCUAAGUGUUUGUUGAGAAAAUUCUUUCAUUUUUGGAGCUUUCUAUGUGUAUUCUUGAAGAGCAAGAAAAAUAUGUCUGCCUUGUUAUAGAUUUUAGAGCC